AUGGCAGAUCCGAGCUCUCCACCUUCCCCCAAGAUCGAUGUAUCGCAAGUACCAGACACCGGAGAAGCGGGACCAUUUGACAACACGAUCACUAUUUCUCAGCAACCCGUCGAACAUUCAUCAGACACCCCUCAGCCAACAAAACGUGCAAGCUCGACCGAGGAAAUUCCUGUCGAUACAGAACUAAUAAGGUCUCCUGAGAAGCGUGCUCGUGAAAACGAUGAGCAGGACAAGCUGGAUAAUCGGCCACUCAAGAUCAAAGCCCCCAGUUCUCAAAGUCCUAAACCUCGUAAACCAUCUGAAACUCAAAGUCCUAAAUCUCGCAAACCAUUUGAAACACAAACCGCUGCACCUAGCGGCCCAUCUCAAAGCACAAAAACCAAUGAGCCAGAAACCACAAAAAAUGAAGACUUAGAUUCCCAAUCGCUUGGAAACUUGACUUGCGCAAUCUGUCUCAGCGCGCCUUCGCCCGCAGUCGUCACAAAAUGUGGACAUGUGACGUGUGGUGAAUGUUUAGCAUCCUCAAUUGUCUCUCAAAACAACAGCUCAUUUGGCGGACUUCCGCCGUUUUUACAACCAGCUGCAAACCAAAUUAACAAUGGAAAGUGCCCGGUUUGUCGGGCCUCCUUACUUGGCGGAUGGGGCACCGCCAUGAGAGGAGCGAUCUUGAAAAUGGGCAAAGCAUCUUCAUGA